AUGUCUACACAGGACAACCAAAAUCAACCCCAGCAAAAGAGGCAAAAGAUCAAGAAGGCGUGUGAUAACUGUCGUACAAGAAAGAUUAAAUGUAAUGGUGAACAACCUUGCUCAAAAUGUUCUACAACAGGGAUCCAGUGUCUUUAUACUUAUGUUGAGAAAAAAAGAGUUGUUAAAAAGAAGGAUAAUAAUAAUACAAAAUUAUCAAAUAAUAGUAUUGAAACACUUGAUAAUAGAAUGAAUAAAAUGGAAUCUUUGAUAAGUACGUUGAUUGAAAAGCUUAAUGGUCCAUCAAGUCUUAGUGGGAAUUCUGAAUCCAUAUCACCAGAUUCUAAAGAUACAGAAACUAAUUCAAAUUCAAGUGAUGUAUCAAUUGAAGCUUCUCCAGAGGCAAAUAUAGUUGAAAAUAAAGAUCCAAUUCAAGUUCAAUCUCAACAAGAAGAUCAAGGAAUAGCUGCACUCUGUGGUGGCGUUAAACAGGAUCCAAAAUUACCAGAUGAAGAUAAAUUUAUUGGCUCUCAAUCUUCAUUAUCUGUACUUUCUCCAAGAGGUGUUCUAUGGCUAUCAAAAAAAGUUAAUGAUCCAAAUUUAGCUAAGAAUUUCAAAAAUUUAAUUGGUAGAUCUCAUAAAGUUUUCUAUAAUUACAUGAAACCUUGGUUAGAACCUAUUGAUAGUCAUCAAGUUGCUCCAUUACCUCCAAGAGAACUUUUCAAUGAAUUAUUAGAAUAUUACAAUAAUGAAUUAAAUCAUUUCACAUUCACUGUCCCCCUUGAAGAAAUGAAAUCCAUCUCUGAAGAAUAUUAUAAAGCUAAAGAAGGUAAACCACAUAAACAUUUAUCAAAUUCAGAUCAUUUAAUUUUACAUAGUGCUAUUGCAUUAGCUACUACAGUUAGAUUAGAAAAAUAUAUUGAUUUCCCAGAAGAAUUUUCUAAAACUCAAAUAUUGGAACAAGUUCAUUUGAAAAGUGCAAUUUUUUAUUUCCAUAGAAUUUUAAUGAUGGGUGAAGGUAUAAAAUCUCUUCAAGGGAUAUUAUUAUUAGUUGCACAUUCAAAUACUUCAUUAAUACAACAUUCAAAUUUUAUGUUAAUCUCCACAGCAAUUAGAUUAGGCCAAACCAUGGGAUUACAUAGAGUUGAAUCAUUUUUAAACAUGUCUGAAGAUGAAAAAAUUAAAAGAAGAACUAUUUGGUGGAUUUGUUAUCUUUUGGAUAGAGUUAAUUGUUUACAAGGUGGGAAACCUAUAACGGUUAGUGAACCUGAUAUGUCAACUAUGGAUUUAAAUGAAUUGAAAAUCACAUUAUUAAAACAAUACCCGGCAAAUUUACUAGAAAAAGUCAUAUCUGGUGAAUGGGAUAUAAUGGAUCCUUAUGUUAAACAAUAUUUUGAGUCAAAUAUAAACUCAAAUUCAAAUGUUAGUGUUGGUCCAAUUAUAUCUUAUUUCAUAAGUAGUUUUUUCAAAUUUACUUCAGAGGCUUAUGAUAAAUUAUUUUGUGCAACUGCUUUAUCAGGUAAAACUGCAGAUCAAAUUAUGGAAAUCAUUGAAAUUUUGAAUUUUAAAUUAGAAGCUAUUAAUGAUAAUGUACCAAUUUCAUUUAGACCUGGAAAUCCAUUGAAACUUGGGUUUUAUAAUCAAAUUGUUGAUCAUCAUUUAUUAAUGUUACAUUUUUCAUAUUAUUUACAUGUUAUGAUUAUUAAUAGAAUGUCGUUCAAGAGAUCAUGGUUAAAUCAUGAUGAAAAUCAUUCAGAUGAUAAUUCCAAGAUUUUACCAAGACAGAAAAAAUCAAUUGCUAAAUGUCUUGAUGCUGCAAGAAAUAUACUGAAUAUUGUUCAAAAGAUGGGUGUUUAUAAAGUUUCAAUUUUUAAUGUUUCGUUAUUUGUAUUUUUAUCAUCUUUUUUCACUUUAUUAACUGCAUGUUUAGAGUUCCCCAAUACUUUAGAAACUAAAAAUGAUUUAGAAUUAAUGCAAAGAAUUGCAAAUGAAUUUUUCUCAAAAUUGAAAAAUAUGUCUAAAAAUUUUGGUGAUGAUAAAUUGGUUAAUAUAAUUGAUAAUAUGACAAAAUUUUUCCUUAGAAUUGGAUUUUUAGUUUAUAACAAUUCAAAUCAAGAUAAAUUAGAUAUAACUUCAAUUGAAAAUGACUUGAAAAACUAUGAACAAUCAUUAGAUCAAGAACAUCAUAAUAAUCAUAAUCAUAGAAAAAGAAAACAUAAUCAUGGAUCUACUACACAUGGGUUACAACAUGGUCAAGAUCUUAAAAAUUAUUCAAGUACCACUAAUAAAUCUCAACAAACUGCUCCUUAUUCACCAAAUAAUCCUUCAUCAUUAAAUAAUGUUAGAUAUGGUCAAUCCCCAAAUUCAUUAAACUCUCCAAUAGAUUCACAGAGAAGAUCAAGUCAACAAAACACACCAGAUUUGAAUAAUAUCUUGAAUGACCCAAUUUCUUCAAAUUUAAAUGGUGUAUCAAAUGAAGGAACAAGAAAUGUUUCAGGAUCUUAUGCACCAUCGAUGAGAUCAACAUCAAGUACUACAACUGAAACACCAUCAUUUGAUCCAUUUGCAAUGAAUAAUGAAUUUGAUAUAAGUUCAAAUUCUAAUGUUUUCCAACAAUUAUUCCCAAUACCAAACUUAUUUUUUGGGAAUUCAGGAUUUGAUGAUAAGAAUUCAAAUGAAUUUAAUGGUCAUUUUGAAUGGUGA